CAUGGCGAUAGCGGCAGCGGGACGAGAGUUAGACAAGUGAAAUAAAGCGUUAUUUUCUUGUUUUACUGCUUUGCACAUCAUUGAAAACAUACACAAGGAGACCGGGGCGUUAAAUAAGCUGUUUAAGUGCUGUUUUUACAGAGUUAAAUUUUGCUUUUAAAGGUAUUUUAGGAUUUGUGCAGUAUUUUAAGUGCAGAAGCGAGCUGGAGCCAUGACUGCAAGCACAGGUGGCGGUGGGAGCUGUUUAUCUAUGAGUCUGUCUGCUCUGAAGAGACUCGACCCCUACAUCAGCAACAUCACAGACUUAGCCAGCCAAGUAGCACUCUACACCUUUAACAACAACACCAAUGAAUGGGAAAAGACAAAUGUGGAGGGAACUCUGUUUGUCUAUAGCAGGCUUGCCUCCCCCAGGCAUGGUUUUACCAUCCUAAAUCGCUUGAGUAUGGACAACCUGACUGAACCCAUCACUAAAGACUUGGAUUUUCAGCUGCAGCAUCCAUUUCUCCUGUACAGGAACGCUCGCUUGUCCAUCUAUGGAAUCUGGUUCUAUGAUAAAGAAGACUGUCAGCGUAUAGCAGAACUCAUGAAGAAUUUGGCAGGGCAGGAACAGCAGUUACAGGUGCAAAUUGCUACUGGCUGUCUCUCUCCGAGAUCAGCAGAGCAGGGUGUGGAUAUAAUGCAGAUGCUCACUAAAGCACGAAACGACUAUGACAAGGGAAAACUCAGUGAGCCAAAGGAAAUCGGCAGUGGUGGUAUCAUCUAUGGUCAAACCCCCCAUCUGAUCAAACCCAUUCCCCUUAAACCAGCACAGGACGCACACAUUCAAGCACACACUCAGCAUGAUGCUGAGAUGGAUUCAAAACAUCUGUCUGUUGUCACACUGUUUGGUGCUCAGCCAAAGCCAGACUUGGGCUCGACACAGCCCAGCUCAUCUGUUGGCAGGAUGGGCCCAGCAAAGUCUUCAGUGGCCCGCUCUCUGUCUUAUGAUGACCCUUCUCCAGCAGGUGGUGCUGUGGUGUCCAACACCCCCAUGCAGCACUGUCCAGCCAUCCACAAGCUCAUGUCUGGUUCACUGCUGCAGCCUCUAUCUGAAUCCCCAGAGAGCCGCCUGUGUGAAAACGGAGCAGUGCAGAUCCAGCUUGACCCAAUACAAAAACUGUUAAUGAACCCUACUCCUGUGGCAGGGACUACAGGGAUGCCUUCCAUCCAAUUAAAGCAGGGGGAAGUUGGCAUGGGAUCCCAAAUCCACCCUAUGGCGAAGCCCUCAGGGCCCUUCCCAGCUCAGCAUCUGUUUGUCCCAAAUAAAGUGCUCCCUGCUGGAGUAACAAGUAAUGUGGUUUCACCUCAUGAGCUUCUGCAGAAGCUCACAUUAGUGCAGCAGGAACAAGAGCUGCAUCCUCACCAGGAGGUCCUACAGCCAGGUCUGACUACCAGCAGCUCCAGUCUCAGCAAAACCAAUCUAACACAGGUGAUGUCACCUCAGCGUAUCCCAGCGACUGUAGCCCCCACCCUCCUUCUGUCACCCAGUGUGUUUGCUCAAUCUAAAGCCACCAGAGCAGAUCCAGAACCAGCUGAAUCAAGAGCACUUAGCAAGUCUCAGCUACAGGCCACAUUGCUCCAUCUCAUCAAGAAUGAUGCCUCAUUUCUGGACACCAUUUAUGAAGCAUAUGUCUCCCGUCUCACAACAGACUCCAGCUCAAAACCUUUCUGAAGCAGGAAAACCUCCUGGACCACAUACAUGUAGCUUUCACUCUCUGAACACAUAUCUGCAUACCAUCUCAGGACCACCCUGCUGUUUCGAGUGUAGCAUCUAAUGAGUUGAACUUCCACAAAAUAAUCUAAUCUAAAUGAUGAAUGCCACAUCACCUUUGAAUUUUACUUUUUUUUUUUUCACGAGCUGGAAUCUUAAGGAUCUUAAUAUUUUAACAAAAGAGAAUUGUAUAAUGGGUUUUAUGUUUACUUUUCAAAUAAUGACAGUAAAUGUGCUGUCUGUUCAAAUCUGAGCAUAAAGACUAAUGAAGGCAUUUUUACUUUUGCAUAUGUGAAAUACACCCCCGAAAGAAACUCAAAAACAGGACUUGGCCUCAAAUAUAAUACAAAUAACAUGAUGAAUAGCAUGACAAUUCAUGUAUAUCUUGGUUUGUAGCAAGUGACAGGAAAUCGCCCUCAUAAAUUUACAAGCCAGCAGGAAUAGUUUUCAUGUUAGAACUCUUUAAAAUGUUUAAAUGUACAAACAAAAGUGUACAUAUUUAUAUUCUAUUUUUCUAUGGUGUUAUUUUUGUUGUUAUAUCAACAUGCUGGAAUGUUUAUAAGUUCCUAUAAAAAAACUAAAAUCCUAAAUUUAAGACCAUCAGUGUUUUCCAGUCAGCAGGUCAAGAUUAAAACCAAUUAAACUUUAUUCUAAUUGUUUUACAUAAUUAAAAUAUUAUCCCACACCCCA